AUGGAGAGUUCGCCAGUACAGCACCUCACGGCGGCUGGAAACCCUAAUUGGUGGAAGAACGGCGGCUUGAGACCACCACCGCCGCAGCUACCGCCAUCUACCACCACUUAUCUUCUUCCAAGUUUCUUACCGCUCUUUCCUUCUCCAACUUCUUCUUCACUUUCUCUGCCUCGUACUAGUAACCCUAACUUCUCUUCUUGGCCGGACAAUAGUGAUGAUCUGCCUCUUGACCAGCCAUGGAGCCUUAGCCAACUUCUCUUCUCAGAGAUUGGUGAGUCUUCUUUCGCAAAUAAGAAACCAAAGGUUCAAGUUCCUUCAUCACCACAAUCAACUCUCAAGGUGAGAAAGGAAAAACUUGGAGGCAGAAUCGCAGCUCUUCAUCAGCUAGUAUCUCCCUUUGGCAAGGCUCUAAGUCUACCAUACUUUGGUGUUCCCUCGAGGAAUAAUAUGAUACACCAACUUGCACAAGGAGGUAUGAACUGUUUAUUUCCUGAGGAUCCUGGUCAGAGAGAUCUUAGAUUCAUGUACUUGAGAUAUUUGUUCACGUUUUUUUACAAAAACUCUUAUGCACUCGAAUUUAAGCAUCCUACGCUUGUGAAUGAGUAUUGCAUGAAAAGAUCAAAAGGAGCUUCAUUAUCUUCAUCUACAAACAAUCAAGAAUCAAACCCUAACGAAGAACCAGAGAAAGAUUUGAGAAGUAGAGGAUUGUGUCUAGUCCCCAUCUCAUGCACACUCCAAGUUGGCAACGACAAUGGUGCCGACUAUUGGACUCCGGCGUUCUGA